ACAAAUAGUUAAAUUAAAAAAUAUAUAAUAAUGUUACAAAGGAAAGCUUUAUUUUUAUUUAAUAAUUCUUUAAAAAAUAAAGACUACCUUCGUGUGUUUCAAUAUGCAUGUACACGCAACCUUGCAGGAACUGCUUACGAUGCUGAAGAUCCUGCGCCUUUAUUUGUAAAUCCUGAAGUGCAAAGUCUACUUAAGGAUCUAACGCGAGCAGACUUAUCAAAAGUGUUUCGCAAAAAAACUGUAGGUAAAAUAUGUCUGCAGCCCCCUGAGUACAAAUUCAUGACAACAGAAGAACUAGAAAAGUCUAUUGAGGAAUCUAAAGAACGCGCACAAAGAUUCCUACAAAUGCCUCCAGUUGUUAAGAUUAAGAAAGAUGAUGAUCGUGUUUUGUCCCAAGAUCCUGCCUUACAAGGAUACGACACAGCCAACUACGUAUUCACAGAUAUAACAUACGACGUCAAAGAUUCCGAUCGCCUCAUCAUCAUCAGAGACACUGAUGGAAAUUUAAAACCAGCAAGCAUUGCAAUCCGUAAACGUAUAAACCAAACUUACUUCCCACAACCUGGUAGAAAAAUAACACCACCAAAAAUGUUUGAAGAAUCAAACUUCAAAGCAAUUCUCAACAACGAACAUUAUGAAUUCAUUUUGGAUAGAAUCUGCUUACAAUUCGAUCCAAACGAUGUAGAUUUUCAUAAAUACACACAAAUGGUUUAUGAUCAUAUUAAUGAGAAGAAACAUUUUCAAGCGUUGCGUUCCACAAGGCAUUUCGGACCUAUGACAUUCUACUUGUGCUGGAUAAAGAAUAUCGAUGAUAUUUUACAAGAAUUCAUACGUACAAACACUAUAAUUGAUGCGGUACGUCUUGUUACAUUGUUUUAUAAAUUCAAACCCGAGUGCAAAAGUAAUGCCGGUAAUAGAGAUUUUAUUAAAACUAUGACGGCUGCUAAAGAGAGCGAUUUAGAUUUAAAAACUUAUGACGAUUGUGUGAAAUUUGUUGAAGAUUAUAUAAACCAGGAUUCGGUGAAACGUAGCCAAUUGCAAUUAGGAUUGCAAGCGCAUAAAGAACUAUUUAAACAACAAUUAGAAGUAGCGGAAGGUAUUAAAGCAGCCCACGGGCUUGCAUAA